AUGCAGUCACUACCUACCUCUAACACCCGUGGGUGGCUGAUCUCUCCGCUGGGACCGAACCCUUGGUGGACGCUGCUGGCGGCCGCCGUCCCCGCGCUGCUCUGCACCAUCCUCAUCUUCAUGGACCAGCAGAUCACCGCCGUCAUCGUCAACCGCAAGGAGAACAAACUGAAGAAAGGCUGUGGCUAUCACCUGGACCUGCUGGUGGUGGCGCUGAUGCUGGGCGUUUGCUCCAUCAUGGGUCUGCCGUGGUUCGUGGCGGCGACCGUGCUCUCCAUCUCGCACGUCAACAGUCUGAAGGUGGAGUCGGCGUGCGCGGCUCCCGGCGAGCAGCCCAAGUUCCUGGGGAUCAUCGAGCAGAGAGUCACCGGCUUCAUGAUCUUCACCCUGAUGGGCUGCUCCGUCUUCAUGACCUCCGUCCUCAAGUUCAUCCCGAUGCCGGUCCUCUACGGAGUCUUCCUCUACAUGGGCGUUUCCUCGCUCAGAGGCAUUCAGCUGUUCGACCGUAUCAAACUGUUCGGCAUGCCGGCCAAACACCAGCCGGACCUGAUCUACCUGCGCUACGUCCCGCUGUGGAAGGUCCACAUCUUCACUGUGGUGCAGCUGUCCUGCCUCAUCGUCCUCUGGGUCAUCAAGGCCUCGGCCGCCGCCGUCGUCUUCCCCAUGAUGGUUCUGGCUCUGGUGUUCGUGAGGAAGCUUCUGGACUUCUGCUUCACUAAGAGAGAGCUGAGCUGGCUGGAUGAUCUGAUCCCAGAGAGCAAGAAGAAGAAAGAAGACGACAAGAAGAAGAAGGAGAAGGAGGAUGCUGAGCGGAUGCUGGAGGAGGAUGACAGUAAUCCAGCGUACGACGGCAGCAACGUUCUCAAGAUCCCAGUUAAAACCCUGAAAGGACGCGACCCCUCGGAGGUGAACAUCUCAGAUGAAAUGGCCAAAAGUGGCGUCUGGAAAUCAGUUUCCAUGAACUCUGACAGCUGCAAAGCUCUGAAAGGCGGCAACAGUCAGGAGAAGCUGCCGAGCGUUCAGAUAAACGUGGAAAACGAAGACGGUCGGAAAGUGGUGGACGCCGAGACGUCGCUAUGAUCCACCGCUGCUGCUCGCCACCAGGCGGCGCUGUGCGGAGGACGAGGACAGAGCUGCCACCUUCUGUCCAAUCUGGACUGAGGUGAAAGAUGGCAGGAGGACCAAUCAGGCUUCACCUCGCCGCGCCGUACUUCUCACCCUGCGUUCGGACAAAGGUGAACGAUUUAUUUUCUCAUCGUUUUAUGGUGAAAACUCGGAGACUCCGCCUACGGGAGCAAAUAUGGCCGCCACUUUUGGAAACAGCUUUCUACAGUUUCUUUGGUUGGUUUUUACUCGGGCGGCCGCGCUGUGAUUGGCUGCUGAAACAAAGAAUCAGCCGACGCCUGAUUUUCCACAUCUGAAAAACAGCCGAAGCUUUUAUUUUAUUUUCUCCUUUUAAAUGUUCAGUUCCUGCUUUCAUGAAGCAGACGAGGCUCUUCACCCCCGACAGGUCCAACGCAGGGCCACGUUUUUAUUUAAUCCAUCAUGCUGAUUUAAGUUGUAUACAUGCCUGUGUGUAUAUUUGUAUAUAUGUGUGUGUGUGUGUGUGUGUGUGUGUGUGUGUGUGUGUGUGUGUGUGUGUGUGUGUGUGUGUGUGUGUGUGUGUGUGUGUGUGUGUGUGUGUGUGUGUGUGUGUGUGUGUGUGUGUGUGUGUGUGUGUGUGUGUGUGUGGAUGGUUGUACUUCACCUUGUUGCCUGCAGCGGCCCACAGAAUGAUGUCAGAGCCGCUGUCGUCAUAGUUUCUUCUUAAAGUUUGAAUAAAAUCAGUUUGGUGA